GGAUGCCAACAAAGUGUCCGGUGCUUCGUGAGGGUUGACCAAAUAGGAUGUGUGUCGUGACAGACGUUCAGCUGUAGGUCUGAGACUCUCAUCAGUUGUGAAAUGAAGCUUCACGACUUCUAUGAGGACUUUUUCUGAGGCAUUUUGAGGAGAGAAAAGGGAGAGAAGUGUGUAUUUUUUGGGAGAUGUCCAGCACUGUGCCACCGACCGUCCCCUCCAUGAGCUUCCCGGAGGACCAGCGCACUAUCGUGGUGGGAGCCUUCUGCUGUCUGGUGUUUUUCUUCAUGAUCGUGGUGCUACUGCUGAUCCUCUACCGAAAGGUUCCUCUUUGCUGCAAAAUGAGGGUUUAUCGGGAAUCUCGUACUGACAUGGAAUCUCCUCCUCAGUACUACAGCAGCAGACAGACUCUGGUCACGUCAUCUGAUGUGGAGCAGAAUCAUGACGCAGGUCACGAUAACAUCACUGCUCAGUCUGGCUCUCUGUUCCUCAUCGGUGUGCCCAGCAGUUAUUAUUUGUCCUCUCUGGAUCCGGGUCUUCCUCGUUUACCCUCAUAUGAAAGCGUUCGCAAAAAAGACAGACAACGGCAGAUCCACAUGAUGAUCGCGGACCGAUUCGGACUCAACGGACCCACUGUGACUGAGCUUCCUCCCACAUACGAAGAAAGCAUUCGUCAGUCGGUCCAAUCCAUUGACGUCCCGUUUGACAUCCUGUCCUCGGAGGAGCCGCGGGGUUCAGUCUCCGAGCCUGACACUGAUCUGCCUGCAUAUGAAGCUCUACCUCACAGCACAGACUCACAACAGCCUAGUGACACUAAUAAUUAAUGCACACUCGAGCAUGGGAAACUAGUCUACCCUCAGCGGAAAUGAACAGCUGUUGAGCUUUUCCCAGGCCUGACAGCUCAUCGAGUGUGUCAGUCUGCUGUCUUUGCAAAAAAACACCACCAAAAUAUGAUAUGACUUGACCUAUGCAAAUACUUGCACUAGCACACCUCCAGAGGAGACGAUCACUGCAACACUACCGGGAAACAAAGGGAAGAGAAUAUACAAGGAUUUGAGCUCUGUCUGUGUUCGAAAUGAACGUGAAACUGCUACUGCCUUAACUUUGUGACUUUUCCAAGCCAAAGGUUUUAAAGUGCCCUCUUUAGGACAGUUUUAAAGAAUUAUUUGAACUUCAUUUAGGUUAAAGUUUGUCUUUUAAUGCACACUGCAGCAUCAGCUCUUCUCUCACAGUGUCUGAAAUGGUUGGUACAAGGAUCCCUAAUGAAAAUUAAAAAGGAGGCGUGGCACCCAACCCCACCAUACCUGCCAACAUUUGACUCUGAAAAUCCGGGAGGCUCGGCGGGAGAUUGAGGCGGAGGAGGAAGAGCGCGCAUGUGUAGGUGCAGAGAGUGGCAUGCUGGAAAUUACGCAAAGUGUGUG